AUGUUGAGAUCGUUUCUGCGAGUAGCGGCGUCGAGCUACCGUUCCAAUGUUGCCUCACCCAUAUUGCAGUCUCGCUUUCGAUCCACCUCGGCCGCGCGAUUCUCUGACGUUUCCAACCUGCAGAAACCGAUAGCAUUCGCUUUCGACAUCGACGGCGUGCUAAAAGCAGGACCUAAGGUACUUCCAGAGGCGAAGCGAGCGCUUCAAAUUCUCGAGGGUAACAACCCGCGCAACCAGAAGAUCCCCUAUAUCUUCAUCACCAAUGGCGGAGGAAAGCACGAAUCUGCACGUGCAAAGGAUCUUGCGAGAGAGCUCGAAGUUCCAGUAACAGAGGACCAAGUGAUUCAAGCACAUACCGUCAUGAAGUCUCUCGUACCUUUGUACAGCGACAAACCCAUCCUCAUGGUAGGUGGGCCAGAGACACCGCCGAAUGCUGCCAGAGAAGUGAUGCAGAGCUACGGAUUUCAAAAUGUCUACACCACUUGCGAUCUGCAUGCAUUUGCUCCUGCUGCCUGGCCGUUCUCUAGUGUACAUCCAGAUCAGUUACCAUACGUUCGACGUGAUGACUUUUCCAAGAUUCAAUUUGCUGCCAUCUUGGUCUUCCACGAUAGCAGAGAGUGGGGGAGGGAUACACAGAUCAUCAUCGAUAUCUUACGGUCCCACAAUGGCGUCUUCGGCACAGAGCAUCCACCGUCAGAACCAUUGCCAGACAAGCAGAUUCCCAUCUACUUUUCUCAUGGAGACUUACUUUGGGGCAACGAUCACAGCGUUGUAAGAUUCGGUCAAGGAGCCUUCCGCCUUGCAAUUGAGAAUGUCUACAAGCACACAACGGGACGCGAAAUGCAGUCGACUGUAUUUGGCAAACCAUAUCGCAUCACCUACGACUACGCCAACGAGCUCCUACGCCAGCUCCUCAUCAAUACUGCUUCUCCUUCUUCAGCAACUGCAGAAGCGGCACGUCAUGUCGGACCUUCGGUCUGGAUGGUGGGCGACAACACGGAAAGCGACAUCAAAGGUGCCGUUGACUACGGCUGGUCAUCGGCUCUAGUUCGCACUGGCGUGUACAAGGAUCAUAAUGGUCCACCCAACUACUCACCUACCAUCCUUGUUGACGACGUCGAGCAUGCGGUGAUCCAGGCCAUACAAAGAGAAUGGAAGAUCUGA